GGUGGGGGACGGUUGGAGACGGGUGGUGGUUUUGUUGGCCUGGUACUUGGUUUUGGCUGACUCCCUGUGGAUUCAGGCUGACAACCGAAGUCGCUGCAAAGGAAAUCUCAAGGGGUCAGUAUCGACAGUGUCACCAUGUCAGUGUGGCUCAAACGUGGAAAUUACAACCAAGAAUACCACCACAAACAGAGCCAAUAUGUGGUUAAAGAGUACAGCAGUUCUGAGGCGAUGGAGGAAAGAUAUGAGCAUAAAACAAAAGCUCGCAUCCAGGAAGUGGUAAGCACGAAGAUGAAGGAUAAAUAUGUGCGUGAGGGGCCCAUGAUCAGAGGACCAAAUUUUCUGGUCAGACUCAGAUCCCACACCGUGUUUGAAAACACUUCAAUCAAACUCUUCUGUACUAUUGAGGGCUACCCCAUGCCCGUUGUUAAAUGGUAUAAAGAUGGUGUCAUCCUGGAUGUAUCCUCUGGAAAGUACUUGGUUCAAGGCAAAGGUGGAAUCCAUUCCCUGGAGAUCCCAAGAUGCUCGACUGAUGACACAGCCCAGUACACUGCUGUCGCUGCUAACAGCCAUGGACAGGCUUCUAGUCAGGCCUCUGUUAUUGUCAAGAGGUUCAGAGAGGAAGAUGAGUCCUGUCCAUAUGCAUGGCUGCCUUUCACAGCUGCCAUGCUUCCCAAGAUUCAAUACACUAAAAUCAACAUCACAUUUGUGGAGACGUUUGGUCCAGUUUUUGCUUCUGAGGGAGGAUCUGCCACUUUGUCUGCCAGUAUGACCCUGAACCCGAACCUGGCCAACCUACAGCCUGAGGCACAGUGGUAUAGAGAUGACACUCGUCUGUUUGACUCUAAAUGGGUGAAGAUUGACACCGGCAGAGGAGUCACCACCUUGACUCUUCCAAACCUCUACAAAGAUGAUGAAGGCCUUUACACACUACGCAUGGUCACCAAAGGAGGCACUGCAGCACACAGUGCAUUUGUCUCAGUUGCAGAUGGUCCUCCCCCAGUCCCCGCUGCACCAGGUGCUCCUAUGGACAUCAAGAUCCACGAUGCCAACAGAGACUAUGUCAUUGUGUCAUGGAAGCCUCCUAAUACCACUACAGAGGGUCCAAUCCUGGGAUACUUUGUGGACAAAUGUGAGGUCGGAACUGAAAACUGGACCCAAUGCAAUGAUCAUCCCAUAAAGAUCUGUAAAUAUCCAGUGUCUGGGCUGUUUGAAGGACACUCGUACUACUUCAGAGUCAGAGCUGUCAACUCCCACGGAAUCAGCAAGCCAUCCCGCAUGUCUGAACCCAUCGCUGCACUCGACCCGACUGAGUUUGAGAGGCUCCAUGCUAAGAAGCUCGGAGGAAAACUGGAUGUUGUGUCUUACCACGAUGAAGUUGAAGCUGAUGGAAAGCCUCCAGGUGUUCCAUCGGGAAUGUAUGCCUCAGAAAUAGACAGGACAUAUGUUGUUCUGAGCUGGAAAGCCCCGGCAUAUUCCAGCACUGCUCCCAUGUGGUACUACAUAGAAAAGUGCUUGCUGGACAGUGGUGCAUGGCAGCGUGUUAAUACUAAGGUCCCUAUUCGGUCUCCCCGUUAUGCUGUGUUUGACCUGGCGGAGGGCAAACAAUAUAAAUUCAGAGUUUUGUCUGCCAAUAUCUAUGGAACUAGUGAGCCCUCUGAGCCUACUGGGCCAAUUGAGACUCUGGAACUCAAAGGUGUACCAUCUGCUCCAGGUCAAGUCAUUGCCACAAGGGAAACAGACACCUCUGUCCUCAUCCAGUGGGCCCCUCCAAAAGAACCCAACAAUCUGAUUGGCUACUACAUUGACCAGUGUGUGAAGGGCUCCAAGGACUGGACUUCAGCCAAUCACAAACCUCACAGAAACACCAAGUUUGUGGUUAGUGGUCUGACCAAAGGAGAAACCUAUGUGUUCCGUGUCCAGGCUAUCAAUGAGAUCGGUCUCAGCGAUGAAUCCCAGGAGUCUGCACCUCUGACUGUCAAGGCUGCUCUCACCUCCCCCUCUGCUCCCUAUGACGUUGCACUGCUGAACUGCGAUGGCCAUUCGAUGGUUCUGAACUGGAGGAAGCCUCUUCGCUCUGGAGGCGCUCCGAUCAAGGAGUAUUAUGCGGAUAAAAGACGCAGUGGAACAACGAUGUGGAGAGAGAUUCAUAUCCCACCGCUCACAGAAAGGCUUUACAAGGUGGAAGACUUGAAAGAGGGAGCAACCUACCAGUUCCAGGUGUAUGCAGCCAACCUGGCUGGCCUUGGACCAGCGUCCAAACAUUCAGCUGACUUCACAUGUGAGGCCUGGACAAUGCCGGAGCCUGGCCCUGCGUAUGACCUGAGCUUCUGUGAAGUGAGAGAUAGUUCAGUGGUGGUUGAGUGGCAGAAGCCUGUCUACACUGGUUCUGGACCAAUCACAGGCUAUCAUGUUGAGUAUGCAAAGAAGGGCAGUUCUGACUGGACCACAGCCAAUGAGAAAGCUGUCAGUCACCGCUUCCUGAAGGUAACAGGUCUGGAGGUGGGCACUAGCUAUGUGUUCAGAACACGUGCCGUCAAUGCUGCAGGAGUGGGUAUGGCCUCAAUGGCCUCUGACCCUGUGAUUGCCAAGGCUGUGGAAGGUGCCCAGGAGGUGUCCUGUGUUGUGGAUGAGAAGUCAGGUGACAUCGUUCUAUCAUUUCAGUCUUGCCAAAUGAACGAGGGCUCUCAGUUCAUCUGGAAGAAAGACUAUAAAGAAAUCACAGAUUUCUCUAAAGGAGUAGUGAUUAAGACGGAAGGCAGCCUCUCUAAGCUGAUCUUUAAGAACGCAGAUAAAGAGGACUUUGGGACCUACUCUGUUUCUGUCACCAACACUGAGGGGGUGUCAUCCAGCUAUGCAAUCUCUGCUGAAGAGUUGGCAAAGAUGCUGGCACUCAGCUAUGAUAUCAGACAUCCAAUCAUCCCGCUGAAGUCUGAGUUGGCCUAUAAGAUUUUGGAGAGAGGCAGAAUGAGAUUCUGGCUGCAGGCUGAAGAGAUUUCUUCCCAUGUCACCUACAAAUUCUUUGCCAACAACAAGGAACUGUCUGGAGCUGAUCCCAACAAGAUGGGUCACGACGUCUCCACAGGUAUUAUUGAGUUCAUCAUGGACCAUUUCACUGAGGAAAAUGAGGGGACAUUUACCUGUCAGAUCACAGACGGAGGAGGCAAAGGACAGAGCUCAUUGGUUCUGAUCGGAGCUGCUUUCAAGGCAGCAUUGGCUGAGGCUGACUACCAGAGGAGAGAGUACAUCAGAGUCAAAGAAGGUCCCCACUUCAGUGAGUUCCUGUCACUUCAGGUUGGAGAUGACUGCUCUGUCACACUGGUCUGCAAGGUUGCUAACUUGAAGAAGGAAUCAGAGUUCCACUGGUAUAAAGAAGACACAGAGAUCAUCCCUGAUGUGAAACCUGACCUCGGAUCAGGAGUUUGUAAACUGCCAAUUAAACUGUUUUCACUGAAGACAACAGGAGUUUAUAAGGCCACCAUCAGUGACGACAGAGGAAAAGAUAUGAGCCAAAUUGACAUCUCUGGAAAAAUCUUUGAGGAUGCCAUAAACAAGCUCAGCCAACUGGCUGGAGCCAGCGCAGCAGAGCUGGUGAUUAACUGCACAGCAACAGGCAUUCAGCUACAGUGUCACAUGAAGUACUACACCUCAGAGAUGAACAUCACCUGGUAUCAUGGUGAGACCAAACUCGCCCACAGUGACAAGAUUAUGAUUGGAGGAACCCCUGCUAUGGCAACAAUGGAGGUGAUUGAGCCAGUGGAGAAGGAUAAAGGACUAUACUCCAUUGUGAUCACCGACCCUGAAAACUCACAUAAACGUACACUGGACCUCAGUGGUGAUGUAUAUGAGAAGGCUUUUGCUGAGUUCCAGAAACUCAAGGCUGAGGCUUAUGCUGAGAAGAACCGUGGUAAGGUGGUGGGAGGACUGCCAGAUGUGGUUACCAUUAUGGAAAAGAAGACCCUGAGUUUAACAUGUACAGUGUGUGGGGACCCCAAACCGCAGGUGUCAUGGCUAAAGAAUGGAGCAGAAGUUGAACCUGAUGAUCAGUAUGUGGUCUCCUUGGACCAGGGCAAGUUUGCCAGUCUGACGAUCAAAGGUGUUACCAUGGAGGAUUCUGGGAAAUAUGCAAUGAUUGUCCAGAACAAAUACGGGGGGGAGUCUGUGGAUAUAGUGGUCAGUGUGUAUCGCCAUGGGGAGAAAAUCCCUGAGGCAAAACCAGCUCUGACCCCUAAAACAAUCAUCCCUCCUAAACUCCCCAUUGAGAUCCCUCAGCCCAAGACCCAGCCUGCUUCUGCUCCCUCUGCUCCCAGCCCCGCACCUCCUAAGGCAGCUCCAGGAAGAGGGGUGAAAAGUCCCACUCCUACCCGCAGGAAGUAAAAGAACAUGACAGUCCUAAAUGAGGAGGAAACUUAUUCAUGCACUGGUGCACAUGUAGACCACAUAUAGCUUUGUGUUGUCUAUCUGGAAUAAAACAUAGCUAACGCACUUGACAUUAAAUUAGAGAUUAAAGAAAACCCUGAUAACUAAAAUAAUUCUUGUAAUCCUGACAGAAAACACGAUAUUAUUGUAUGAAAAUAAUAAAAUGUAUAAAUAAAAUGAAUGACAUGAAAUUAAAAAGUAGCACAUAUCAUAAUACAGAAUCUAAAAUUAAGGAAAGUGAAAUUUGGAUGAAACUGAAAUUUCAAUAAAAUCUGCUGGAAAAAGAA